AUGCUCUGGAAGUUAUUCACAAGUAGCAUGUUAGCCGGUGCAGUGUCGGCAUACCGCAGCACUUCGUCCUCGUCGCUCGCCAUUUCACCACCAACAUUGGACGUUGUUAUGGACCCAAGCAAAGAUGUUACCCCCGUAAGAUGCGUUGUUGUUGGCGGCGGGUACACCGGGUCGAAGUUGGCAUACAUGCUUGACAGUAUGUUUAACGUCACAUUUAUCGAUGAAAAAAAUUACUUUGAACUUACAAAUGAUAUUAUCCCUAUCAUAGCGAACCCUUGGAGUGAGUUAAAUGAAGAGGCGUGCCGGCGCCUGCUCGUUCUCCACCGUUAUUACUUGAAGCAGGCGAACGUCUUGACGGGUACAGUACAUGGCGUGGAUGAAAACACAGUUACACUACGAGAUGGCCGCACUGUCCCCUAUGAUCUGUUAUUCAUCACUGUGGGAGAACGCAAGCCAUACCCCUUUGCAACGAAGCAGCGAACAGUGAGCGGACGCGUACAGGAGCUGAAGAACUUUAAUGAAUUCAUUGGCACAUGUAAAAAAGUUGCCGUUCUUGGCGGCGGGCCCGUUGGGGUGUCACUGGCAGUCGACCUCGCUCGCAACAGGAAGGACUUGAAAGUCCACCUGUACCACUCCAAACCUGAGCUCCUCCCUGCGCUUCCAACGACAAGCCAAAGGUAUGCGUUGGAAACCGUGGAGAAGUGUGAUAACAUUACUGUUAACCUCUGUUCCCGCGUCACUGAUGUUACUGGUUAUGAUGCGUUGGGAAGGCGCGUGAACGAAACGAGCACAUCAAUGUUGUCAAGCCUGCUGAAGCCACUAACGGGGUGGUUGACUUGGGGAACAUCACCGGAUGAACCGUCGACAUUUACUGUGCGGUACGAAAAGAUGCACUUCGCACCACGACCACGGCAAUCGAUCGUCAAUCAGGCCUAUUUUGGGACUCGGCAGCCGCAGCUGACGAGCAAUACCGUGGAAUCAACAGGUGAGGAAGAAGGUUAUGAUUACGUUUUUUCGACUAUUGGCGAUGUUCCGCGUCCCAUCGUUUCCGGAAAAGGUUGUACCAACAUCCUCUCGGAGCAUGAAAUGCCGGAUGGACACUACCGCGUAAGUACUCUAAUGCAACUCUAUUGUCGACCAAAUAUAUGGGCUGUUGGUCGUUGUAACAACAUACCGCGAGUCCGCGGUUACGGUCUAAGUGAUGUGGAAGCGAGAACGGUGUUCCGAGCUCUCAAUUCUGUGGUGCAUAACCCAACGGAGCGAUUUAUGCACUCACGUGAUGGCUUAGACUUGCGCCGUUUGAACAUUCCUCGCAUGCUUGUUCGCUUAGGCAGUGAUGACGCGGUGGGGUCCACCCCAUGGUCUGGUGCUAUGGUGGGUCUUGCGGCUGUUCAUGAAUUCAUGCAAGAUAGGAACUUCCUUGUAAAGGAGUUUCAAAAACCUAUUUUUUACAAGCGGCAGGAUGCGGCGAAGGUAAAGCAGCGUAUUUCAAACUGGGCUGCACAUGAAAUAACCGAUAUUGUUGACUUUUCUCACUGUUAA